UUUUUUUUUUUUUAAUUAUACCGGAUGAGUUUCAUCCAGUCAGUGACUAAACAUUUGGACAUUUAGGGUUUUUUUUUUAAAGGGAAGACAUUGUCUUCGUCUCUUCCUUUUCUCUUUCACGCAGUGGAACGCGGGAGGAGUUUCACAGAGAAUCCCGGUGAAGUUUGGAGAACUAUGCGCGCGACUGGCGGAGAAAGUGUGCGCGUGAAACGUUCCGGAUUGUCACCUCGCGCAAGUCCGCGUUCAGGUCGUGACUUCCAGAGCGCCGUUGCCCACGACAGCGCGUGCUCAUAAUUUUCAUCUCUCCCUGCACGUUUUUUUUUUUUUUUUUGCCGAAUCGGAACAUGAGACGUUGUUUUUAAUAAAAAAACAAAAUGCAUGAUUGUGCUGCACGGAUGAUGCCGGAGCGAGAGUGUAAGACUUUAAAGAACGUACGUGUGCACGCGCUGUUCGGGGUAUAAAAGUGUAUAAAAGAUGAUGAACUCGGAUCCGCGACAAACGGAAUGCACGGACGGUGCACCGCGCCGAGGAAGCGCCUCGUGCACUCACACAGACCGAGAACCGUGUGGGUUCGGUGACAGAGCCUCGAUGCCCGCGGCUGGUGAUUUCUGGAACACGCCCGCGGUUGUGAGCGGCGGCAGCGCGGGGACUCUGAGCUGCCAGGACGGAGGCGGUGGACAGUCGAGCGCUUGCGAGAGCAAGAGCCGAGCAGCGAGUGUUGCGUACGUGCUGAACUCGGAGUCGGGCCCGGUGGAGAGCGCGGCCCUGCAGUGCCUGAAGGACGCGUGUGACGCCGCGGCGUGUCGACUCGACGUGGUCCACUUCGGUAAACUGGACUUCGGUGAAACCGCCGUCCUCGACCAGUUCUACAACGCAGAUGUUGCUGUGGUGGAAAUGACGGACGCUUUCCGACAGCAGUCUCUUUUUUAUCACCUGGGAGUGAGGGAGAGUUUCAGCAUGGCCAACAACAUCAUCCUGUACUGUGACUCCAACUCGGACUCGCUGCAGAACCUCCAGGAGGUUGUGUGCCAGAAAAACACUUCAUGUGCAGCGAACUACGAGUUUAUUCCGUACAUAGUGACUCCUCAGAAUAAGGUGUACUGCUGUGAGAGCAGCCUUAUGAAAGGCCUCAGUGAGCUGAUGCAGCCCAGUUUCGAGGCUCUGCUCGGUCCCAUCUGCCUGCCUCUGGUGGAUCGUUUGACCCAGCUUCUCACCAGCACACAGACCAGCUCCUGCCAGUAUUUCCGGGAGACCAUCCUGAACGAUAUCCGCAAGGCGCGGGAGCUUUACACGGGGGUGGAGCUUGCAGCAGAGUUGGGGCAGAUCCAGCAGCGAUUGGACAAUGUGGAGUGUCUGUCAGCUGACAUCGUGAUUAACCUUCUCUUAUCGUACCGAGACAUACAGGAUUAUGAAUCCAUUGUGAAGUUGGUUGAGACUCUAGAAAAGCUUCCUACAUUUGACCCCUUUGCCAACCCUCAUGUGAAAUUCCACUAUGCCUUCGCGCUAAACAGGAGGAACCAACCUGGGGACAGACAGCGAGCUCUGGACAUCAUGCUGCCCCUGGUGGAGUCUGAAGAGCAGGUGGCCUCGGACAUUUACUGCUUGGUCGGACGCAUCUAUAAAGACGUGUUUCAGGACUCGCACUUCACCGACGCUCAAAGCCGAGACAGCAGCAUACUCUGGUUCAGGAGAGGGUUUGAAUCAGAGCCCACUCUGCACUCGGGUAUAAACUACGCUGUGCUUUUGCUGGCAGCUGGUCACCAGUUUGACUCUUCCUUCGAGCUCCGUAAAGUGGGUGUAAAGUUAAGCAGUCUCCUGGGAAAGAAAGGCAGUCUGGAUAAGUUACAGAGUUACUGGGAUGUGGGCUUUUUCCUGGGUGCGAGCAUUCUAGCCUGCGACAACACCCGUGUUUUACAAGCGUCUGAGAAGCUGUUCAAACUUAAAGCCCCUGUCUGGUACCUCUGCUCACUAGUCGAGACCAUUCUAAUCUAUCAGCACUUUAAGAAACCUUCAACUGAGCCUCCAGGACCGAAACAGGAACUAGUGGACUUCUGGAUGGACUUCCUGGUAGAGGCUACCAAAAAAGACGUGUCAUCUGUCCGCUUUCCUGUAUUGAUUCUGGAGCCCACUAAAGUCUACCAGCCGUCUUACCUGUCAAUCAACAAUGAUGUGGAACAGAACACACUCUCCAUCUGGCACGUGGCUCCUGAUGACAAAAAUAAGGGGAUCCAUGAGUGGAAUUUCAGUGCGGCGUCAGUACGAGGCGUGAGCAUUUCCAAGUUUGAUGAACGCAGCUCUUUUCUCUAUGUACUGAACAACUCAGAAGACUUCCAGAUUUAUUUCUGUACUGAGAUGCACUGCAAAAGGUUCUGUGAACUGGUGAACAGUCUGACUGAAGAAACCUGGAAAGGUCCAGAUGAGACAGAAUGUGACACUGAAACCUUAGAGUAUGACUAUGAAUACGAUGAGCACGGAGAGAGGGUGAUUCUGGGUAAAGGAACAUUCGGCAUAGUCUAUGCAGGUCGUGACCUCAGUAACCAGGUGCGAUUGGCAAUCAAGGAGAUUCCUGAGCGAGACAGCAGGUACUCCCAGCCUCUGCAUGAGGAGAUUGCCUUGCACAAGCACCUGAAACACAAAAACAUCGUGCAGUAUCUGGGCUCCAUCAGUGAAGGCGGCUUCAUCAAGAUCUUUAUGGAGCAGGUACCAGGAGGCAGUCUCUCAGCACUGCUGCGAUCCAAAUGGGGUCCGCUGAAGAACAACGAACCAACCAUCGGCUUCUACACCAAACAGAUCCUGGAAGGGCUCAAAUACUUACAUGAUAACCAGAUCGCUCACCGAGACAUCAAGGGAGACAACGUCCUGAUAAACACCUACAGUGGAGUUCUGAAGAUCUCCGAUUUUGGGACAUCAAAGCGCUUGGCUGGCAUCAACCCCUGCACCGAGACCUUCACAGGAACGUUACAGUACAUGGCUCCUGAGAUCAUAGACAAAGGCCCUCGUGGUUAUGGAAAGCCAGCAGAUAUCUGGUCACUGGGCUGUACCAUUAUAGAGAUGGCCACUGGGAAACCACCAUUUUAUGAGCUGGGAGAACCACAGGCGGCCAUGUUUAAGGUGGGAAUGUUUAAGAUCCAUCCAGAAAUUCCAGACACCAUGUCAGCUGAGGCCAAGGCGUUCAUUUUGCGCUGUUUCGAGCCGGACCCGGACCUGCGCGCUACAGCCAACGAACUGCUCACGCACGAGUUCCUCACCGUCACGUCUCGCAAGAAAAAAGCCAAGGGGAACAACUUCACAGCUUUGACUCCAGCAACUGAAUAUUUACGCAGUAUUUCGCUUCCUGUUCCGGUGGUGGUUGAAGACACAAGCAGCAGCAGUGAAUAUGGCUCCGUCUCUCCAGACAACGAGCUGAGCGUCAACCCCUUCGUCUUCAAGCCCAGCGUCAAGUGCCUUAGUGAGAGAGAGGUCAAGGGGCAUCGCUCGCUCUUCCUCAGCAUCCCGGUGGAGCAGUUUGAGGACCACAGCGCUCCACCAUCUCCAGAGGAGAAGGACCCUGGCUUCUUUAUGCUGAGAAAGGACAGCGAGCGCAGAGCUACACUGCACCGCAUCCUCACCGAGGACAGAGAAAAGAUAGUCACCAACCUGCAGGAAGCGCUCACACAGGGUGCCGAGGAGACCAAGCUAAAGCACGAGCACAUUUCUACUCUGGUGGCCAGUCUGGGGGAUUUUGUACGGAUGGCUGACCGAAAGAUCAUUGCCAACACGCUGUCACAACUCAAACUGGAGCUGGACUUCGACAGUGUCGCGAUCAGCCAGCUGCAGGUGGUGCUGUUUGGGUUCCAGGAUGCGAUGAACAAAGUGCUGCGGAAUCACAAUAUCAAACCUCACUGGAUGUUUGCUCUGGAUAACAUCGUUCGGAAAGCUGUACAGACCGCCAUCACCAUCCUGGUGCCAGAGCUCAGGCCACACUUCAGCUUAGCAUCCGAAAGUGACCAUGCCGACCAGGAAGACGUGGAUGAGGACGCCAUCCCUCCUGGAAGCCUCACCAACAAAAACAGAAGCACGACCGUCGCUAACCACGAUGACACGGUGGCCACGUCUGGAGUGAGCACGCUCAGUUCAACCGUCUCAGAGUCUCAAACUGCCCAGCGUUCCGUCGGCAUCGAACUCAGCCGCAUGAAGCUCGAGACCAGCAGGUUGUUGGAGGAGUUGGUGGAGAAGGAACGAGAGUAUCAAUGUAUCCUACAUCAGGUUUUGGAAGAGAGGGAGAAGGAGAUUAAACUACUGAAAAGUCGCUCUGAGCCUAUCGCUGUUAUGUCUCCCUCAGUGAGUACACAGAGUUCAAUGGGAACUGAAGGAGACCCUGAGCUGCUCAAAUGGCUCAGGCUUCAUGGUGCUGAUGCAGACUCUAUAGACCGGAUCGUAGCGGAGGAUUACACUCUGGACGACGUCCUUCACUGCGUCAACAGGGACGACCUGAAAAGUCUGAGACUAAAGGGUGGAAUCCUGUGUAAGCUUUGGAAAGCUAUUACAGAAUAUCGAGAGAAACCCGGCUGAGAUGGCAGCUUGUUCGCUCACCUACUUCUGGUGUAAUUCUGUUGUGUUUACAGACCAAAAAAAGAAACAACCCUGAGAACCUGCUCCAGACCUGCACCACACGGACGCAUCACGACUACAGCACAAGCUCCAUGUCCUGACCUGUAGAAUAAAUCUGGUCCAUGUGGACGUUUUUCUCUGCUCAGUUAUGCAAUAUCCAGUUUGCCAGAGACAUGAGUUUUAAUCCCCAGUCCUUAUGCGUGUGGCUCAUGAGCUAGAGUUGCUCAGUGCAGGCAGGAUAUAAACUUUUAUACCGAUUUUACGGAAGUUUUAAUAUCAGCUUUUACCAGAAAACUUCGGGGGAGUUCGUUCCGUUCACAUGUUCAGUGAGUGUAUUUAGUUUCUUUCACUAUUUAACAACAUUUUAGAAGGCUGUGGACAAAACGAACGUCUACACGGGUGAGGUUAGAGUACACAAGUUGGAGUUCUUCAUUCAGGAAGAAUAUGAUUCGCGUGAUGGUGUUUACAAAAUGAAACUGAGACUGAUCAAUGUCCUGAAAAAGACACAACAUCCUUCAGUGAGAAGUUCCACACUUACCUUAAGCUAGCUUGUGCUUGUAUUGUCAACAUUUACCUAGCUUUUCGAUCUUAACACUAUUUUUAUGAUUAUUGUUGCGUAUUAAGACUUUUUAUUUGUCUUUAUGUUCCGUUACAUUGCGUAGUGUAAAUAUGCUAGUUUUUGACACGUAAGCCGCUAGUUUGAGCUUAGUCUGGUACUGGGUCCUGUUUUUAAGCACAACAAAACGUGUCUAUUUGAGGCAACUGCCAUUAUAUAAUCCUAAUAUAAAUUUUAACCUUCUUUACAAUUGUACUGUAUUCAAAUGGAGCAAAGUUUGAAGAUGUUUUAAAUGCCACAUUUCUGCAACAAGUGCAAUGCAGGAUUAUUUUUGCUCAUACCUUCUGUUUCGUACCACAUACCGCCAUCCAAUCUACAUGCUAUAGACAUCAUGACUUUAUAGAGUUUAGCCCAGUCGCAGUGCUUAACGUUAAUAUUUUGACAAUCUUCAUUGAGCACAGCUUAUUGUCUAUUGGAUAUUUAAUGUCAUUUUGGUUUAUUUAACGAUGGAUAAAUAAUGAGAUGAUUUGUGUAUUGUUACUUGACAAUCCUGAGAAAUAACUGUGAAAUUAAAGUGGGACCUGAAAAUCA